AUGGCGAGCACAAUUUUAGAUGUCAAAGAUCCAAUCGUUCAAGACGAGGACAUUAUAAGUAAACAGUUUCAUACAUAUACACCGUAUACGACGUCUUACAACAACAAUGAUGAAGUUCGUAUCGUUAUACAGUCUCAAGAUUUGAUUGUUUUACCAUCGGAGAGUUAUUUGAUGGUUGAAUAUUCCACAAGAAGAAAUGAUGACCUACCAUUUGCAAAUAAUGAAGCAAUGUCUAUAUACAACUGCUUGGCUCAUUUGUUUAGUGAACUACGUUACGAAUUAAAUGGCGUGGAAAUCGAUCGAUGUAAAUUGCCUGGCAUCACAUCUACAUUAAAAUGUAUGAUUGCUUGCAAAGAAGAAGAUGGAAAAGCAUACCAUCUGUUCAAUCAAUACGCUAAUAGAGCUAUUAUAGUAGAAACUAAUAGAGUUCUCCUACCGCUACGCUUUUUAUUCGGUUUUGCUGAUGAUUUUAGACGCAUCAUAUUAAAUAGCAAACAUGAGCUGAUUUUAGUUCGCAGUCGAUCUAAUGUUAAUUUCUAUCAAGCAGCUACAGAUAUUUUGCGGCUCAAUGUUACCAAAAUUCAUUGGAAAAUUCCGCAUGUAGUCUUGAGUGAUAGAGCUAAAUUGGGGAUGUUAAAAGUAUUAUCUAACAAUGAAAGUCUACAAUUACCAUUUCGAUCAUGGGAUUUGUAUGAGCUACCAGUGGUACCACAAACAACACGUCAUACAUGGAGUGUAAAAACAACGAGUCAAGUAUGCAAACCACGAUACGUCAUUGUCUGUUUUCAGACGAAUCGUAACAAUGUCAUAACAAAUGACGCAUCCCGAUUCGAUCAUUGCAAUAUUACAAACAUGAGGUUGUAUUUAAACAACGAAAGAUAUCCGUAUGAUGAUAUGAAUCUAAACUUUACUGCCACCCAUUGUCAUGAACUAUAUCACAUGUUCUCAAACAUUCAAUACCAAUACUAUUCUAAUACAACACCAUACAAUCCGCUUGGCAUAGACCUUGCAGGUUUUAUGAUCCGACCUGUGUUUGCAUUUGAUUGCAGUCGUUCAGACGAAAGUGUGAAAGGUGGUAUGGUUGAUGUCAGAAUUGAAAUAGAAGCAAGUGAAAAUAUUCCAAACAACACAUCGGCAUAUUGCUUAAUUAUUCACGAUAACUUAGUUCAAUAUUCGCCGUUCACUGGCUUGGUUCAUCGUAUAAUUUAA